GCAAUCGCUCGAAUAAACAGCAACAACAUGUCAUCUGUGUUGUAAAGUAAGGUGACGAAAAAUAACAAUAUGAAAUUUGCAUUCAACUAAGUUAUUGGUUUUUGCUUAAAUUGUUAUAUUAACUGGCUAUAAAGCCAUAAUAUCAAUGGUAUAUCCAUUAAUAAUUAUAUAUAUUAAUAAAUAUAUAAUUUACAAUCCAUUCCAUUUGACCUUGAAAUGACAGACUGACUACAGCAGUCAAAAUGACUUCCAAAGCAGAAAAUUGCAACUCUGAUGGUGAACAAGUAAUAAGAGAUAUCUCUCAGAUUUUGCCACCAAGUCACAAGAAGAAAAGCACUAAACCUAUCCAAGGAGAGCAUGUCACAAAAUCAAGUGACAAAAUUAUUCCUGGACCCCCUACAUCAAGCGAGAAGCCAAGAAAACGGGGAAGACCCAGAAAGCAGGUAACUCAGACAAAGGUAGAUGAUGAUGUUAAACCGGAAAUAAACAAAGGUGAAAUAAAAGAAGGUGAAAAGUUAGAUGAGGCAGUAGAAAUUGAACAAGGAAUUACAGGUAGAAUGGCAACGGUUUUGGGAAUGGAAAAGAAAACAAGUUUGGAGCAGAAUACAGAAUCAACUGACAAGUCAGAUCAUAUGGUCAGCUCCAAAGUGGUUGUUAAGAAGAAAAGAGGAAGACCAAGAAAGACAAAAGUGAAAGAAAGUACAACCAAUAAGCGUGAUGAUGAACCAAAAAAAAAACGAAAAAGAAAAAACAUGGAAGAUGAUGUUUAUGAGGAUAAUGAGUAUGCCUACCCUAACUCAGGAUAUACCACAAAAUCUGGUCGCGUGGUAAAUAAGAAAAAAACUGAUGAUGAAUCAACUUGCACUGCUUCUACGCAGUCCGAUACUGACCAUGAGGACGGUAGAAAUUUUCAUGAUUACUCAACAUUAGAUGAAAAGUAUAAAGCUCUGUAUGACAAAUAUAAAGAGGAGGCAGAUGUUUGGGUUGGUCAUUUAAACAAUGGAAAAAGUGCAAAAUGCCGUUGGUGUUCCAUGAACUACAAAAAACUGACAACGAUACUGCGGCAUUAUGACAAAUGCCAUGAAUAUUAUAAAAAUGGCUUUAAUUGCAAUGAGUGUGGUAAUAUUUUCAAAUCACCAGGGAGUUUAAAUUACCACAAGCUAGCAAAUCACACUAAGGCAGUAGUGGAAGAAUCUCAGAAAAAGGAUAAAAAGCAAAGUGAAGCCCAAGUACUUAAACAGCUUCUUCGUCAGAAGAAAAAACUCAACUGUAAAAAUGAGUCUUGUACAAAAUCGUUCACAACAGUCUUAGGCUACCAAUACCAUAUGAAAAGAUGCGGCGUCGAGGAAGUAGCCGCGAUAUAUACAUGUCAAAUUUGCCAGAAAACCUACACCACUGACCCUGGUCUGAAAUACCAUCUCAGUAGUAGGCAUGCUCCUACGGUAGAAAAAGCUUCCCUAGACAAGACAGAAGAAGUUUUCACUGAUGAUUCAGGGAAGCGUAGACGGUCUGCAGCUCAUAGAGCAAUGGCUUCUAUGAAAGAAUUGAAGGAGAAAGGUUAUGUAGAAGUUAAUGAUACAGGAAAGGAAGAGAAACGAACUAAAACAUCCACAAAUGACUUUAUGCUUUUCACAUCACCAAAUAUUGAGAUAGAUGAAGAUUUACUGAAGGAAUGGAAAGCUCAGUUUAGCUUAAAGCAAAGGGUACCUUGUCCAUUUGAUUGUGAUUUCACCGCUGUCUUACUGGUAUCACUUAAAGACCAUUACCAUUUCUGUCAGGAGAAUCCUAAUGCUGCUAAUAAUAGUGAACGUUAUAAAUGCAAUAUUUGUAAUAAGGAAUAUACCAUCAGGGCUUCAAUUAUCAGUCAUGUUCGGGGCACGCAUACAAAGGAUGAAAGGGAUAAGUAUUUCAUUGAGCACAACAUACCCAUAAUGGAGUCUGAAUCGGACAGUGAUGAAGAGGAUGAGGACGAAGGCAUUGAUGAGAAUGAUUACAAUGAGGGCGGUAGAUUCGUAGAUUAUGAAGUAGCGAAACACAGAAACCAUUCUUAUUUCAUUCCUGGGCAGUGCAUAAAGCAGUACUACAAAUGGAAAAAAGAAAACCACUGCAGCCAGGACGAAAGACUGUUUUCUGAAUCCAGUGCACAGUUAAACAAUUGGAAACUGUUGUCGGAAAGUGAUGCCGCUAAGGCUGAACCAAAGUGCAUGAUGUCUCCCAGGUUUAAGGUCAAAGUUGAUGACGAAAGUGUUGAUAUUGAGGACAAGCAAGAUGAAGAAGAGGAGUAUAUAAGACUAGAGCGCUAUGGCGUUACUACUCAUGCAACUGAUAAGAAUGUAAACCUGUUUGUAGGUGGGCCAGUGUGGGCCAUGGCUUGGUGUCCAACCCCAGUCAGCAGUCAUUCGGCCAAUCAGUAUGCAGCAAUUAGCUGUCAUCAAACAUUUGACUCUGUCCAUAAAUGCUGCACUCGCUAUGUUUAUCCUGGUGCUAUUCAGAUCUGGAGGUUUGGUUGUCUUUUAGAUAAUGGAAAUUAUGAGAAGCCUUACCUAUCAUAUGGCCUAGCUCAUAACUGUGGUGCGAUUUGGGACUUAAAGUGGUGUCCGUCAGGUUGCUGGGAUGACCCCGCUGACACUCAGCCUGGUACUGUCUCUCGCCUAGGGGUGUUUGCUGUUGCUUGUUCUAACUCCACUGUUUGCGUGUUCUCAGUUCCGCAUGAAGAGGCGCUAAGUGAUGCAAGGAAUGAUGGGAAACCUGGUUUCUACGACGUUACACCAACUUUGACACUAAAGCCAGCAUCUAGUGCCAGUGAUUGGUCAAUGAUUGGCCAAUGUUGGUGCCUGGAUUGGUUGCCAUGCCAGCCUCACAAUCAGAUUGCUGCAGGAUUUUCAAAUGGCUUGAUUGCAAUCUGGAACCUAACAACGUCUUCACCACUUCUCAAAGAAGAUUCCAAACAUGGCACGUCACUGUACCCAAUCCAAACCUUCCUGGCACAUGGAAACCAAGUUUCCGGCUUAUCAUGGUGUCCCACUGAUCCUAACUUUUUCGCUUCAGUCGGUUACGAUCACAAAAUAUUAUUCUGGAAUCUGAAGAAUGUUGCACAGCCUUUGUUUGUGCGUGAGAAGCAUCAGCCAUUAGCCUGUCGUUGGACGAUCCACACUAAGGGAAUUGUCGUCAGUCAUGACACUAUGACAGGAGGGUCAUCAGUGUACUACCAGGAUUAUGGUGCAUUCAGCUGUAAACCUCAGACAAUAGUUAAGAAGGAAACAUGUAUGCCAGCUCUCGACAAUACCAACUGGUUAGAUAGUAUCGUUGCUGGAGACGUCCUCGGUGACGUACGUUGCCAAGCAGUAAACAUGGGAAAGAGGCUUAACAGCAACGUACAGUAUACAUUUGUGUAGGGGAACCCUGGUGGUCCGACUUAAAAAAAAGGGCGAUGAACUUUUGUUGGAAAUCACCUCUAGUUUAUGUGUACAAAAUUUCCUGCACGUCUGUUCAAAACUGGUGACGCUGGACGCUUUUAAAGUUUUGGUAACAAGAACGAAAACAAGAACAGCAGUGAGACUUAGGAGUCAGCACCUUGUGUGGACCCAAAAAUAUCAAGCGUGUACACGGGGUUCCAAAGUUGGAAGAAAUUCUUUUUUCCGGAAGAUCUGGUUAAAUGAGCUUUCUUAAUAUACUGUAUAUAAUUUUAUUUUGCUGCACAUGAUGAUACCCAUUGGUACUGAUUUCUGUGAGACAAUUGAUACAAGAGUAGUAAAAACAUGCAAAUAUCGUGAUUUUGUGGGAGAUGGGUUUUUUUCCGGGAGAUUCGUAAGCUGGUAGCCAGUUUCAAUCUGUUGAGACCAGCAGCGGUCCGACUUAAAUUGUGUAUUUCCAUUUUAUCCUUGUUUUUCAACAUCAACUGUAAUACUGUAGGCCUUUAUUGUGGAAGGGUAGUGCAUGAAAAAACUUGCACCCCAGGUUCUCCUACCCUACCACUAGAAAUUUUCUGAGGAUAUAGAAAAAUUUACCAUGUUUCAACAAUGCCAGCACCAGAAAUUCCCUGACGAACGAAAAGGGGGCCGCAUUACCUCAGCCCCACCAUAGUUGUGGCUGAGAAAUGGCACUUAGAGAUCUGCAAAAAUACGUUUCAAAGCAGUAUUUUUAUCCUGCUCCCUGGGUCCUUUGAUGGCACGGCUAACGGUUAUAUAUCGCAUCAUGUCAGUGCCUCCCAUAUUCCGCAUCAUUCUCCUCCCCAUAUUAAUAACCUAUGCAAUAGAUACAGUGAGCUACAGUACUCGGAAAAAGCCAGAUUCUUGUUAACGUGCCAGAGUAUUUUUAUGUAUAAGUAGGCCUACUGAAAAUCAGUCAGAAAAUGAAUUAGUUGUAAGAAUAUUGCACGGGCCAGAUAAAAAUCUGUUGGCAGGCCGGAGGUUGAAUACUGGGUCAAUAUAACAAUCUUAUUGUCGGCAAUCUCACCUUUGCACCCCACAAAUCAUGAUCCAAAAUUGAUCAUGAUGACAAACUUGUAAUGUUGACAGAUGUUGAGGUCAAUGGAACAUAUAUCAAUUUGGACCCUUUCCUACAGUACCAAGGCCCUCGUUUCCUGGGCAACUUUAAUAACUUUUUAUUAAAACAUUUACAGAUGUUCUAAUUCUAAUUACUAGCUAAUUGUUUAUAUAAUUUCUUCCAGCCCCUUUAUCAAACAUCAAUUGUCCAUCUGGGCCAAACAAACACGAACAACUGUGAUGUUAACACUUCGGAUAAGAACAGUGCUGAAGUCAUUGUGUCACAGAAGGAUGCUAAAGGUGAUGUUGACACUCUGUUGGAGGA